AUGGCAAACUCCACCCAAAAAGAAUUCCGUGGCUGGGUCUGCCACUCUAAGGCCUCACCCUUAACCUUCACGACCUUCCAACCAAAACUCUUCGACCCAACCGACAUCGAAAUAAAGGUAACCCACUGCGGCAUCUGCGGCUCAGACAUUCACACUCUCCGCUCUGGGUGGGGCCCAACAGACUACCCUUGUGUCGUCGGCCACGAAAUUGUUGGCCACAUUACCCGUGUUGGGUCCGGGGUCUCUAGCCUCACAUCCCCAUCACGCCAUUUGAAGGUUGGAGGUCGGGUCGGUAUUGGAGCACAAUCAGACUCCUGCCGCCACCCGCAUUGCCCAGAGUACGCAUUCGGAUUGGAAAACCAUUGUCAGAAGCAAACGGGGACGUACGGUGGCCGGUUCCGCGAUCGAAGCAAGUCGUACGGUGGAUAUGCUUCCCAUUGGCGCGGCCCAGCGUGGUUUGCGUUCAAAAUACCAGAUAACUUACCUAGCGUUGCUGCUGCACCUCUUUUACGUGCAGGGAUAACGGUAUAUUCACCACUGGUGAAAAAUGACACUGGGCCAGGGAAAUCAGUUGGAGUCAUCGGUAUUGGCGGGUUGGGCCACUUGGGCCUUUUGAUGAAGCUUUGGGGGGGACUGGGAGCGGACAAGUUUAUUGCAACAGAUGAGGACAAAAGCUGGGCAAAGACGCAUGCGCAAUCGCUAGAUUUAAUUAUCAGCACUGUCUCGUCUUCUGAUAUACCCAUUGGAAACUAUCUGAGGCUUCUGAAGGUGAAUGGGCAGUUUAUUCAGGUUGGGGCUCCGGAAGAGCCGUUCCCGGCAUUUAAGGUGUUCCCGCUUAUCAAUAAAGUGGUCAAAAUCGGGGGCUCUGCCAUUGGCUCGCCAGAAAAGAUUCGGCAAAUGCUUCAGUUGGCGGCUGGUAAAAAGGUUCUCCCGUGGGUCCAAGAACGGCCCAUGGAGGACGUCAAUAAAGCACUGGCCGAUAUGCAUGCUGGGAAAGCGAGGUAUAGAUAUGUUUUGGUGAAUAAGCCUGAAACCGAUGCGAAGCUAUGA